AUGAAGCUUUGCCGGAGAACGAUAAUUCUGUAUUGUUCAAACACGCAGAGUUGCUUAGUUGGUCCUUACUUCCCGCUGUUAUACAAGGAACAAAUUCCGAAGGACACCGUAAACGGGCGGGCUGGUUCGCUAGCCAUAAUAAGGAAACGGUUUGCGAAAUUACAAGUUUUGAAACAAGCAAAAUUGCGCCGAAAACAGAACAUCUCCUGGGAACAACCCGUUUUGAUUAGUUUGUUUAACACCUUGCUUUCUGUGCGUAGAGUUGAGUUUAAACACAAAUAUUUAUCGUGUAGGCCUCGGGCAUUAUCAGAGCGGAACCUACCGCAGCCGCAGCCUUGGUUGAUGCAAAUGGCAUGUUUACUUUAUUGUGCCAGAUCUCUCUUCACCAAACCUUUGUUGUUGGUAGGAGAAUGUUCAUUAGAAACACGUCAUUUGAUUUCGUGUAAUAAGGGGAGCACCUAUACGUACGCCAUUAGACUUGAUACGACAAGGCGUGUCAACUUUUUUCUCCUAAUUAGGUACAAGUCUGUAAGGCCUAAUCCAAUAAUACAGAUGUCGAACGAAACACAAUGUCACAUUACGUAUGUAUAA